UUAUAUAAUUAAUCUUUCAAUACUAUCCUAUCGGGCCUCAAAAAAUAUGUGGUAAAUAUUUUGACGAUACGUAGUUUCUUUUGUCCGCGAAAAAGCUUUGAGCUCGUGGUGGAGCGGAGGACGUAAACAAUCCAUCGGGAGAGAGGCAGUCGAAAGAACUUUCAGAACGUGUCAUCAUGGCCUCCUCCAGCACUGGUGAAGGAAGUAGCAAAAUGAACCAAUCCCAGGUUGCUCAGCGCAUGUGGGAGAUGGCCAAUAACAUGGAGUACUACAAUGCUGCAGAUGAAAUAUAUCAGUAUGAUCGCAAACAGCAGCAGGAUAUCCUACAGGCCAAACCAUGGGAAAAAGACCCACACUUCUUCAAACAGAUCAAGAUCUCGGCCUUAGCACUCCUGAAGAUGGUGAUGCAUGCCCGGUCUGGAGGCACACUUGAGGUGAUGGGUCUUAUGCUGGGAAAAGUUGAUGGAUCAAUGAUGAUCGUUAUGGAUUCCUUCGCACUUCCAGUUGAGGGAACGGAGACAAGAGUUAAUGCUCAGGCUCAGGCUUACGAAUAUAUGACAGCAUAUGUUGAAGCAGCUAAACAGGUUGGUCGCCAGGAAAAUGUAAUUGGUUGGUACCACAGCCAUCCAGGAUAUGGUUGCUGGCUAUCUGGAAUUGAUGUGUCUACACAGAUGUUGAACCAGAACUAUCAGGAGCCUUUUGUUGCUAUUGUGAUCGACCCAAUCCGUACAAUUAGCUCAGGCAAAGUGAACAUUGGAGCCUUUAGGACCUAUCCAAAGGGAUACAAGCCACCGGAUGAGGGCCCAUCUGAGUACCAAACUAUUCCUCUAAACAAGAUCGAAGAUUUUGGUGUUCAUUGUAAGCAGUACUAUUCUCUAGACAUAUCAUACUUCAAGUCAUCCCUAGACAAGAAGCUGUUAGAUUCCCUCUGGAACAAGUACUGGGUCAACACACUCAGCUCGUCUUCACUUAUUACAAACGCAGAGUAUAUGACUCGUCAGAUCUUUGACCUCAGCGACAAAUUAGAAAAUUCAGAAACUGCUCUUGGUCGGGCUGGUCUGUUUGGUUUAGACCCACAAGAAAAGAAAACUGAAGAUAAAUUGAGUCGUGUAACAAGAGAUUCGUGCAAGACCACAAUGGAAGCCCUGCAUGGUCUCAUGGCUCAAGUGGUAAAAGAUCGUCUCUUCAACCAAAUACCUCAGGCUCAGCAGAAGGGCCAAGACCCUGCCUGAGAUGCUUGUGCUUUCAAAAGAACAUUACCUCCUGCAGGUGAAAAGUGCACUCCAAGCAUUGUUUUUUCCUCUACGACUCUUAAAGCUCGUGAUAUAUAUUUACCUUUUUUGAACUGAAAUCGUAACUUAUCCUUUUUAUUAUUAUUGUUAUUAUUAAUAUUAUCAUUAUUAUAAUUAUUAUUAUUAUUAAUAUUAUUGUCUUGCAUUAGGAAUUCAUUGACAACUUAAAAUUAUUUCCCUUCUGUCUGUCAUUUUAUGUUGGAGGAUAGAUGUACUGAUACAUAAAAUAUCUAAGUAGUAAAAUGGAAUUCUUAUUGAACACCUGUAUUUAGUUAAAUUUAUAAUAUUGAAGAGCAUGGUAUAUUCUGUUUAAUCAUGUGAACAAACUGCAGACUGUACUUCACAGAAAUAAUACCAGAAUUCCAAGUGGCUGAGAGAACAAACACAGUAAUAAAUGUGCAAGGAAAGUAUAAUACACUUCCUAGUUUUUAUUUAUUUAAAAUAAGAAAGGGAUGAAGAAAAGAAGGAAAAGGAAAGAGGGAGAAGAAAAGACACUGCAAAAUUAGUUGAGGCGAGGGCUGAGGUCCAAGCUAGGAGUGAUCUCUACACUUGCCCUCAGUCUCCACCUCCUAACCCCCCCCCCCAUGACAUUGCAAGGGAUUGGGGGGUAGUUCCAUAAAGUUUUUACUCUCCAGAAUGAACCAUUACAUGUUUUCUAUGUAUUAUGUAAAAUAUCUAAUUGAUACAAAGUAUUUCAUAUAUUUUUACUAGGAUAGUAGUGUAGUACUAUAUAUAGAUAUAUGACUUACUAGAUCUGUUGUUAGUAGAUGCCUUAGAAUUAAUAUUCUAAAUAGUAUCUUGACUUUUCCUUGGCUCAUGUAGACACAGGAUGUGCAUAUAUACAGUACAGGCAUUAUCCAC